AUGUCUGGGCCUGGGGGCGCGGUGAGGAGGGGUGACCGCGGCUCAGCCCACCUGAAGCGCUCCCGCCCAGAGUUUGAGGUGUUCCGAUACGGGCGACUCUCGGCAACUCACACACGCCGCCUCCACUCCAGCCGCGACUCUGGCCCCCGCUCCGGCUGCGGCCGCAGCUGCUCCCAAGUCGCUGGUGGCGGCGGCGGCUGUGGCCGCAGGCUCCAGACCCGGGCCAUAGCUUCAGCCCCAGUUCACUUCCCCUUUGGCAGCGGCCACCGGCACGGCCUGCCAGUAAGGCGCACUCCCAUUGGCCGCCUGUUCGAUGACGUCACGCAAGGGAGUAAGGGAGGCGAGGCGUUAAAAGGCGCAGGCUCUGGCGCAGGCUAG